UAUCAUUCCGCGCCAUUUUAAGCAAAUAUUAUUCUCCGACAUAUCCGUUCGAACCUCCGAUCCUCAUGGAACGUUUUCCUCUCUCUCUCUCUCUCUCUCAACGAUCGCUUCUCAAACAAACCCUCUCUCUUUCUCUUUCUCUUUCUCUCUUCCCAACAAAAACAAAAACUUCAACCCCAAUUUUUCUCUUUUGGGUUCUUUCAACCCUACCCCAAAACCUUGCAUUCCCAACACAACAAUCUUCCCACCUCAAUUUCACCUUCCCCUUCAGUUUAUGGACACACAACCAGAGUUUAAAUUCUCAAGCUCCUUUAUGGAACUAGGGUACAGGUUCAUUUCCAGGACAGUGCACAUAAAAAUUAGCAUGUGAUCAUGGUGAUAUUAAUGGCAGCGGCGUGCAUUCGUGUUCCGAUUGUGAUUGUUAAUGGACUGAUUAUGUAGAAUUCCUUGGUUCUCCAUUUUUUAAUGAAGGGUAAACAUAAUUAUUAAAGUUUCUCCGCUUAUUCUAAUUUUGUUUUCAGAGGGAUUUGGUAAUUGUGUCACCUUCAGAAUAUUGCAAUUGAGACUGCCACAUAUGCGAAAUUAUUAUCAAAUGGUACAGUGUUGGUUUGACAAUUAUAUUUGUGUGGAAAAGUGAUAGGAUAAAGGCUUUAUCUAUACGACAAAUGCGUAAAUUGCAAUAGGAGAAAACGGAAUUACGGGUUAAAUGUGGAUAGACAUUGAGAAUUUUUUAACAGUCUAUUGCAAAAGGUGGUUUGGUUGAGCUAAGUGUAUAAUCUUCCACCAUGAAUAAUGAGGAUCCUGGAAUUUCAGGAAAUCCAUACAAAGGUACAGUGAAUGUUGGGUUUAGUGACAGAACCCCUUCUGAUAAAGAUGAUGAAGACAAUAUAUGUCUACAGACUGGUGAAGAAUUUUCUGCUGAGUUCUUACGCGAUCGGGUUGCUUUAAGGAGAUUUCCUGUUAUAACCGAGGCAGAGCAGCGCAUGCCAAACAGAUUGGACUUCAAUAUUAAUAAUAAUAACAACAAUUAUCAGCUGUUCUACGAGGAUCAAAAACAUACCCUUGGGCUAGGGAGAAUGGAUUCUGAUAGUAAUUUGGAUUUGUCAGAGAUUGCUUUAGCUAGAGGCUAUGUUGCUGAAGUUGACAACAGGGCUUAUCAUAAUAAUUUGAGCAGAUACCAGUUUGAACACGGUGGUAUGAGACAAGCAUCGAGUGCAUUUUCCAGACAAUUAUCAAGUAAGUUUUCCGACGGAUGUGAUCAACUUGCCUCAGGACUAAAUUCGCCUUCCAUUUAUGCAGCUGAGUCUCCUCGUUCAUGCCAUCCUUAUGGGUCGGUGUUCUCAGAAGGCUCCUUCUACAAGAAGAUAAAGUUUCUAUGUAGUUUUGGAGGUCGAAUACUACCAAGGCCAAAUGAUGGGAAGCUCAGAUAUGUAGGUGGAGAGACACGAAUUAUAUCAAUCAGGAAGAACAUCACACACGAGGAACUUACGAGGAAGACUUCUGAUAUUUGCAAUCAAACCCACAUUAUCAAAUACCAGCUUCCGGGAGAGGAUCUCGAUGCUCUUAUUUCUGUUUGUUCUGACGAGGAUCUUCAUCAUAUGAUUGAGGAGUAUGAAGAGCUUGAAAGAGCUGGAGGCUCUCAAAGACUUAGGAUUUUUCUCCUACCUUCAAAUGAAUCCGAGAGUCCAAGUUCUAAUGAAUCAAGAGUCAAUCAGCCAAGUGACGCUGAUUACCAUUAUGUUGUUGCUGUUAAUGGUAUGCUGGAUCCAAGUCCACGAAAGAAUCCUAGCGCACCAAGCUUGGUCAGCCAUACAAGCCAGUUUGCAAAUAACUCCGAUUACAACAAUCCACAUUUCCACAGGGAAUCAUCGACAUCUCUAUUUGCUUCAGAGAUAAAGGAUUUCAGCCCAACAUCUUCAAAUUUGGCUGGCAUAAUGUCAAAACCAGGUCCAUUUCUAACAGCACUGAAUGUACCAGGCAGGUCAUAUAAUCAAACGCCUCCAUCUCCCAUUUGUGUACAUCCUAAAGAUCCAAAAAUUUCUAAUGUGCAGUUAUUUACGGAUCAUCAACCAUAUAAUGUUGUUAAUGAAAGCAUGAUCCCCUUUGUCAUGGAAAAAAAUCCACGCGACAACUCUUUGUAUGUUGACAGUACCAGUUAUGUUGAUCCCAUCGCAUAUUAUAACAAUCCUCCCCAAGGGCCUUCAUGUGUGAACUACCAUCCUAGUAAUCAAUAUACAUUGGAGUCCGAACAAAUCAGGAAGUCUAAUGCUGAUUUCCAUUUUCAUAGACGAAACAAUAGUAAAGAAUUUGUCUCUCCUGCAAUUUGUAAUCAAACUGAUAUGAUAUUCGAGAGACCUUUAGUUAACAAUGAAGGUUCAUAUCAUUUUAACAAGAUUCUCUCUCAUCCUCAUGAUUCAUCAAGUAUAUUCUCAGUGGCUGAUGAUAGGGAUGUAUCUCAGUACAGAAUGUUACAUGCACUUUCCGACUCAACACUUCUGGAGAAUAGUGAGAACUACAGAGGUCACUUGCAAUUUCCGCUUAAUGUUGAGAGAGACAAAUUGUCGUCACUAGAAACUUCAAGUUCUUUGGAAGAAUGUUCAAUACAGACAGGAGAGGUAAGUGACGGGAAAGACCGCACGGCUUUGCAUCAAAACUUGUCCGCGUUUGGAAUGACCGAUAAUUUCCAGAGAUUGUCAGAUAUCCGUAAAGAGAACUUACAAUGUGCAGAUCAAAGCACUGAUUGGUUUGAUGAAAAAGUUGGAGCUAUGCCACAACAUUUACAGUACAUCUACUACCAGCACGGUGCUUGCUCAUCUUCGCCAGAUUUACAAAACAGUGAAUACAAUGUAUCUGCCGCACCAUUUGUCUCUUCACAGUCCACCAGAAGCAUGACAGAGCAACCGCACGGUAUACCAUUUGACACAAUUGCUUCCGAGUUUUCUGUGAGAAGCCAAAAUUCAUCAAUGGAUCACCAAUAUGCAGUGUCGGAGACAAAAGACAGACAACCACCUCCCUCUGGCUCUCUUGAGUCUGUACUACCUAUCUCUUAUCCAGAUAUGGUUUCUUCUACACUAAGAGAGGUUGUUGUCCCUGUUGAUGAUCCUCCAUACUACCAGAAUCAAGAGGAAGAAAACGCAGUCACCGGCGAACAAUCUUAUGAAUACAUUGAUGAAUUUUGCAUCAACAAGCCAGAAUCAGCAGCAGUUUUCAAUGAGCCAAUUGAUUGUAUUACUUCAGGUAUCCAGUCAUGUUUACGAGUUGUAUCAAAUACAGACGAAGAGGAUGGAGUUGAAUCUGCAUCUCCUGAAAAAGAAGGGGCAGUGUGUGUUAAUCCUGAAUAUGAAAGUAAGCUUGCAAAAGCUGAUAAUGGAAACUUCUAUAACCCUAUUGGUGAUUCGGAAACUUCUGAAACAGAGCAUGAACUUUAUGGUUUACAGAUUAUUGAGAAUGGUGAUCUCGAAGAACUACAAGAGUUAGGAUCUGGAACCUUCGGAACUGUUUUUCAUGGCAAAUGGAGGGGAACAGAUGUUGCAAUUAAGAGAAUAAAGAGUAGUUGUUUCGCUGGUAGACUGUCAGAGCAAGAGCGGGUGACCAAAGAUUUUUGGAGAGAGGCAAAGAUUCUAUCGGCACUUCACCAUCCAAAUGUGGUGGCAUUCUACGGGGUAGUUCCCGAUGGCCCAGGUGGAACAUUGGCAACCGUAACAGAAUACAUGGUGCAUGGAUCACUGAGGAAUGUUCUCUUGAAGAAGGAGAGAGUGCUUGACCGUCGUAAAAGGAUCAUGAUUGCAAUGGAUGCAGCCUUUGGCAUGGAAUAUUUGCAUUUGAAAAAUAUUGUUCAUUUUGAUUUGAAGUGUGAUAAUUUACUUGUCAACUUGGGUGAUCCUGAACGGCCUGUAUGUAAGGUUGGAGAUUUUGGCCUAUCAAGAAUUAAACGCAACACACUUGUUUCGGGUGGUGUCAGAGGGACUCUUCCAUGGAUGGCUCCGGAAUUACUGGAUGGUAACAGUUGUAGAGUAUCUGAGAAGGUCGAUAUUUUCUCAUUUGGCAUCGCAAUGUGGGAAAUCUUAACUGGGGAAGAACCUUAUGCUAACAUGCACUGUGGUGCCAUCAUAGGAGGUAUUGUCAGUAAUACGCUCAGGCCAUCUAUUCCGAAGCGCUGCGAUUCAGAGUGGAAAAAGUUGAUGGAAGAGUGUUGGAGCCCUGAUCCUGCAGCCAGGCCAUCCUUCACAGAAGUUAAAAACAGAUUGCGCAACAUGUCAGCUGCACUACAGAGAAAGAGACCUACUAUUGGGAAUCGGUGAAAACUUACAUUUCAUGUAAAUGAAUGCAAAUAUCAAAGGAAGAUGGAAUGAGUUGUUUCAGUUGGUUAGCAUUGUUUGUAUAGAAGCCAUAGUGUAGACGUAUUAUAUGCUGAAAAUAAGUAAAAGCCAUUUAUAAACUCCACUGCUUCAUUGCA